CAGUUGGUGGCGGUAUGUGCCUAUGGUGCGGAAUACGCCAAACAAUUCCAAAGAAGAAGAAGAAGAAGAAGAGAGUUGAAGGGUCGUGUUUUCAUGUUCACACAGCAAACAUGGCGGAGUCUGAGCAGCCGAUAGGCUCCUCCCAUGAGGAUGACAAGCCUCCCAAUCCUGUCAGUUUCAGCUUCAUGGUGCCAAAGAAGGAGAUCAGCAUGGUGCCUGAUAUGGGCAAAUGGAAAAGAUCACAGGCAUAUGCAGACUACAUGGGAUUCAUUCUGACCCUGAAUGAGGGUGUGAAGAGAAAGAAACUUACAUGUGAAUACCAGGUGUCUGAGACAGUGGAGAAGUUGCUUGCUAUGUUGGCAACAUUAGAUCGCUGGAUCGAUGAGACGCCACCAAUCGACCAGCCUUCUCGCUUCGGCAAUAAAGCUUACCGCACAUGGUAUGCUAAACUAGACCAGGAAGCAGAGGCUCUGGUCACAGCCAUUCUGCCAUCAGAGCGUCAUGAUGCUGCUCCAGAGAUAGCGGUCUACCUGAAAGAGGCUGUGGGCAACUCCACCAGGAUUGACUAUGGCACAGGUCAUGAGGCGGCAUUUGCUGUGUUCCUCUGCUGUCUUUGUAAGGUGGGAGCUCUGCGCAUGGAGGACCAGCUGGCCAUCAUAUUUAAAGUUUUUGACAAGUAUCUGCGAGUGAUGCACAAACUGCAGAAGACGUAUAGGAUGGAGCCGGCAGGGAGUCAGGGUGUGUGGGGUCUUGACGACUUUCAAUUCCUUCCUUUCAUAUGGGGGAGCUCACAGCUUAUAGACCACCCAACCCUGGAGCCCAGACACUUUGUGGAGGAGAAGGUUGUAAACGAGUACCACCAAGACUACAUGUUUCUGGAGUGCAUUAAAUUCAUUAAUGAGAUGAAAACAGGCCCUUUUGCCGAACACUCGAAUCAGCUUUGGAACAUCAGCGCUGUUCCUUCUUGGUCCAAAGUCAAUCAAGGUCUCAUACGAAUGUAUAAAGCGGAAUGUCUAGAAAAAUUCCCCGUCAUCCAGCAUUUCAAGUUUGGCAGCCUGCUCUCCAUCCAGCCAGUCAAACCAUGAGAGACAAGAAAAAGAAUUUGCACCUCAUCAGAGAGCACAACCAAACUUCAACUUCGGAUGAAACCGCUUCAGUCCCAGUUAACAAACCUAAAUAUGCAUUCUCAUCACCAGAGGUGCUUGGUCUUACUCCUGAAGAUCUACUUUCCUGGAGAGUUUAGUCCCAAACCUGCUCUUAUACAUUCAACCCUAAAAGGUUUCAGUGAAUCUGAAGACCUAGAUUAUCAGGUUCAGGAGUAUUUGAGUAGAGUUGAACUAAACUCUGCAGAACGGUAGAUCUAAGCAGCCCUGCUCUUCACAAUCUACUAGUUCUACAUAUGAAAUCCCACCUCUGAUAUUCCACUUUAAGUGACGCAAUUUGUCUGUAUGGUUUUAUUUAUCCAUUCCCUGCAAGCAGGAAGUUGAACUGCUACUUAGACACCUGCAGUGAGCACUCUCAACGCAGUUAUGCACAUACAUUUUCAUCUGGAUUGGCAUUUAUAUUUAUUUGUGUAUAUAAAGAAAGAGCUUGUCAUGAUGAACGGUUGAAGGCUUGGUUUUGGUUUAAUGGAUUCUAUUUCCUGUGUGCAAAGAUCUGAAGCCAAUGAACAAUGUGUGUGUGUGUGUGGGUUGUGGGAGUUUGUGAGUUCAUGGAGCAUUGGUGUCUCAAAAGUCACUUAUAGUGAACUUCUUGCUGUUCAUUUAUCAAAGAUUGCUGAGGCAUGUGGUGUUGUGAAUGGUUUUGAUAAGUGUCAUUUUUACCUAUGUAAGACAUUAAUAAGUUGUCAACCACUUUAGUUGUACAUUUUUGGCUGUGCUUGUUUCUUUCAUAUUCACUUAACUGAAAAUGAGAUGAGUAAAAUGCCAAAAAAAUACCCUUUUAGUUUCUAAACCGCCACAUGUAGCUAAUAAAUUAGUCUUCUGUUUGCUAAUUUAAAGCAAUGAAUUUGGUGCCAGCAGUUUAGUAUGAUGCAACAUUAGUAAAGUAUAUUUAAUUUCUAAACUUCGUUCUGUAUAAAUAAAUGAUUUUGGUUUGCUUCAGAACCAACACAAGCGGCGGGCACAUUAUAAAAAACAGUCUGCAUGUUAAAAGUACUGAAAUAUUGGUGCAAAGCUUUUGUUACUCAAAUACAGUAACUCUUUUUACCAUUAGAACCGGGCAAUUCAUCUGUGAACAUUUUUACGCCAGCGGAAAUAUUUAUAUUAAUAUUUAUUAAGCACAUUAGAUUGAUGAACCGUAUUUUCAAGAAUCCAGCCUUUUUGUUUUACAUGGGUAAAUAUGGAACUAACAGACCUGAGCGGCUUUUCCUAAAUGCUUUGCAGGCCUAAGUAGAUUGUUGAAACAAUUGGCACCAAUGAUCUCUAUGAUCUACUUAGGAUUACAAUGCUUUUGGGAAUCGCAGCGCUGGGUGUUAAAUGUUACAAAAUCAUUCCUAUAGCUCAGUGAUCCUCAAAUCUGACUCGCGAGAUCCACUUUCCUGCAGAGUUUAGCUCUA